AUGGGUGAAUAUCUUAUUUUAUUUAAUUUUUUAAUCUCUGUGUGCCGUCAAGUCGAAGGUCAGAACCUGGGGACGGACAACGUGUCGGUGAUCGAGGGGGAGACGGCCACCAUCAGCUGCAGAGUGAAGAACAACGACGACUCCGUCAUCCAGCUGCUCAACCCCAACAGACAGACCAUCUACUUCAAAGACGUUCGACCUCUGAAGGACAGCCGGUUCCAGCUGGUGAAUUUCUCUGACAAUGAGCUGCGUGUGUCUCUGUCCAACGUGUCACUCUCCGAUGAGGGACGCUACGUGUGCCAGCUCUACACAGAUCCUCCUCAGGAAGCCUACGCGGACAUCACGGUCCUGGUCCCACCAGGUAGUCCAAUCAUCGAAAGCCGUGACGAUGUGGUCAACGAGGGGAAUGAGACGGAGCUCACCUGCAUAGCCAUGGGCAGCAAGCCAGCCGCCUCCAUCAGAUGGAUGAAAGGCAAGGAAGAACUGACAGGUGAGACAACAGUUGAAGAGAUGUACGACAGGAUGUUCACAGUCAGCAGCAGGGUGAGAUUUUCUGUUACCAAAGAGGAUGAUGGAGUGCCAGUGGACUGCAUCAUUGACCACCCAGCUGUGAAGGACCUCCUGGCUCAAAGACACUUGGAAGUGUUAUAUAAACCUGAAGUGAAGAUUGUGGUGACAUAUCCUGAAGGUUUAACUCGAGAGGGGGACAAUCUAGACUUGACAUGUAUUGCAGAAGGAAAACCACAUCCCCAUCGGAUCAACUGGCUGAGAGUGGACGAGGACGUGCCGCCUCACGCUGUGGUCACGGGCUCUGAACUGUACAUCGAAAACCUCAACAAGUCUUACAAUGGCACCUACCGCUGUGUGGCGUCCAACACUGUGGGAGAGGCCUACGACGACUACAUUCUCUAUGUAUAUGAUGCUCCCACUACUAUCCCCUCACCCACCACCAAUCCAGCCAACACGCAAGACUCCAGAGCAGGCGAGGGGGCGCCACAGAAAAUUGACCAUGCUGUCAUUGGAGGAGUGGUUGCCGUGGUGAUGUUUGCCAUCCUCUGUGCACUCAUUGUUCUUGGUCGAUACUUCGCCAGACACAAAGGGACUUACUUUACACAUGAAGCCAAAGGGGCAGACGACGCAGCCGACGCGGACACGGCCAUCAUCAACGCCGAGGGCGGGCACAACAACACAGACGAGAAGAAAGAGUACUACAUCUAAAGUGGACGUGUUGGGGUGUGUGUCGCACUCUGAUUGGUUACGGUCAGGCUUGGGGAGGGAGGGGGAGGUUGAGGUGUGGAUGGUGAAAAGAACAAAAGGAAAUGUGGGAAAUAGGACUGGCAUGGCCAUGUGGGAAGAGGCGUUUCUGAGCCUCCUGUCUGACCCUUCCUGGACUGCUGGGGCCUAUUCUGUACAGUUCAAUUAUUUUACAGACUAUUUUGUGCCUUGUUCUAUUUCUUUUGUUUAUUUUUCCUUUCUUUCCCACAUGCUUGUUGGAUUGGAUUUUUCUUUUAUCCAUGCACUCCACCUGAUCCUUUGUUGCGUUUGGCUUUAGGAGGAGAUUAAAGGUGUAGAUUAAGGUGUUUGUCUAUGUGUGCUGCAGCUAGCUCUUUGCUCGUGUACCUGGAUCUGAGAACCACUGUCCGCUAGAUGCCACCUUAUCCGCACUUCAUGCAUAAUCUCCACACUUCCAGUAAUUUGAACACGUUGUCGACACAUUUCUUCUUGCAGGGUCAAAGUCCAAUUAUGGCUGCAGAUCCAGAGCUUUUACCUGCAUGACUCGCACAGCAGCUCUGACGGCUUUGUGGUCAGGUCAACCAUAUCGAAUACCAGUGUCGCAACUUACUAAUCAAUCCUCAUCCCAGAAUGAGUAUUUGUCACCUGGAAUUGGAGCAGAAGUACAGUGAAGUUCCUUUGCUCCAAACUCCAAAGUGCAGCUGCUUCCUUAAUAGUCUGGAGAUAAAAAUCUGACAGUUAGUCGACGUGAGCUCGGUGUUGGUGGAAGUGCUCACAUCAGGCUCGCUGCAACAGUUACACUUUCUGCAGAUUAAAUCAGAACCAUUCCUUCUUUCUUUGGGUGUUUCUGCCAAUUCGGUGGACGACAGUAAAGCCGCACAGGCAGAUAACAUCUAUUGUAAUCUGCUUUUUGUUGUUGUUGUUGUUGCCGUUGUAAUCAUGCUCAGAUCUGCUGUAAGUCGGUGAAAAUCUGGUCGGGAGGAAUCAUGUUUCCAUCUAUUUGUGCUAGUUUUGGUAAUUAUUUUGUCGGCAUUUGUUUUUUGAUAAAUGGACCAAAAGCAG